AUCAAACGAAAGGUGGACCUUCGUCAUCUGCACACGAGGAUGGGUUUCUUUGUUUUGGGCGAAACCACUUUUUCAGAAAAUUAAUCUUCAUCAAGUCGUCAAUCCUAGAAGGCAAUAGGCAAAUUGAAAAGCUGGAAAAAGCAUCUACAAUCGUGCUUAUCUUCAAAGGUGUCGGCUGGUAGAGAUGAGUGAUUAUAACUUGCAACUCUUAGGUAACGUAUCUGAAGUCAAUGAUAGCCAAGUUGUUAGCCAACACACACAAAAUGACGAAGAAGACGAAGAAAUUCUUAUGAGGAUGAUUAUGGGAGAUCAUAACAUGACACCAAACCAUGCUGAUCGCGUGGUGAAUGAGAUGAAUGCAUCUAGAGGAUCUGUUAAUAGAAAUAUCGGAGAUAUGAGAUCAAAAACUGGACAUGGGACCAAGAAGAGGGCUGGAAAAAUCAAGAAACACAGGGGUAAAAAUAAGGUUAACUUUGGUCCUUAUGGCUCUGAGAAGAUGCUGUUUAACAAGUUUGGGCAGUCGGUUGCACCAGCUGAAACUGUUGCAAGGUUCUCAAGGUAUGUAGGAUCACUUGCAAGAGAACCUUCUAUGUUUCCAAUCAAUGUACCUGACUUCAGGAAUUUUAAAGGGACCGGAAGGGUUGAAAGUGCAUGGGCAGAAAUAAAGGCAAAAAUAGAUUGGUCUGAGCCACAAACCUUGGCAAUUAUGAAAAGAAUUCAGAAGGUAGUGAAGAAGAAAUUAAAUGCACGUUGGAGAAAACACAAGCACAGACAAAGGACAUGCUGAACGAUUUGUAUGUCCAUAUGGGGAUGUGAAUCAACUACAAUGGCGUGCAUUGGUACUUCAUUGGGACAAAUUUGGUGAGAAAAAAUCAGUGACUACCAAGAAGAAUAGAAGUCAGUUGAAGGUGGCUGCAAACACCGAAACAAAGACAUUUGCCCAAAUACGAUAUGAAUGGGAACUUGCAAACGAAGGGAAAGAAAUAGAUCGCUGCACAUUCUGGAGAUUGAUUCACAGCAAACCAAAUAAAGACUGUACUGGGACCGUGCCAAUUAAUGAUGAAGCAGAAAAAAUCUUUUUGGAAUUGGAUAAGCUUGAGCAAAGGGAGCGCUUAAAUGGUAGGGAACUCAAUAUAGACUUAUUGAAUGAAUUGUUUUGUGAGCAAUUUGGACCAGAGACAUAUAAUGCAGUUUGAGGGUAUGGACUGGGAGUAGAGUGGGUUAAUGUUCCUGGAAUACAAACUGCAAAGCCAGCAGUUUCUUGCGAUGUAGCAUCACUUCAGUAUGAACUUGAAGCCUCACUUGCUGAGAUCACGAGGUUGACAAAGGAAGCAGCCAAAAAGGAUGAGCAAUUGCAAGCUGUCCAAACUCAAUUGAAUAGCAUUGAAACUCGUAUUGGCAAUCCCUUACAUAGUAUAAUAAGUGCUGGACCUGAUACCAUUAAGAAGCUUAUAGCAGCACUUUCUGAUAUCGCAGAGAAGCAACCUCAAUCAAUCCAAGAAAUGCAAUCAACUCCAAUGGAAGGGUAUGUGACUUUACUUGGACAAUAGGAUGGAAACUGUAGGAAGUUUGUUUUGAAGCAUAUUGCUGGUAUCUAUGAUUCAUCUCUAAGUUAGUAUAUUUUGGGUCAUUUUAUUGACAUAUUGGAGAUGAACUAUAUAUAUUUUGGGUAAUGGCUUCUGCCAUAUUAGAUAUAGCAAUACUAGCUUGGGUUAGAGCGGAGGAGAACUAAUAAUGUAAUUAUUAUGGUCUGGGAGAACAAUGACCACUUUUGUAUAUUGCUCUUGGAUGAAUGAAAUUUGUGUAGGAAAGCUAAUAUUCGGAUUUAUGUUUGAAAAGUUGAUUGAAUGUACAAAUGUGAUUGUGUAUUGUAUAACACCAUAUGUAUGCUCAUGUUGGAGAUAUAUAGGCACACAUGUUACAUUUGUCCCCAAUUGAAAUAAUAGGUAUUUGUAUUUAUGUAAAAGGUGGUAUACAAGGACCCACUAGAAUAUGUUUUUGUAUUUGUGAACAGUACAAGUAUAUAUCAUUCAAUAUGUAUUUGGAUGAAGUAGAAUACAUGGGUCUAUAUGGGGACACUUGAGCUUGAGAUAUGUGUGCCAUUUAGCAAUAGGAACACACGCAAUAGGCACACAUAUGAUAUAUGUCUCUAUAGCUCAAUGGAACACAUAUUUGUCCCUAUAGGUAUCAAAAGGCACACAUAUUAUUA